UCGGCCUUCAUCCACCUUGCACGGCCAGGCGCACGACCAUGCAAGCUUCAAGCCUGCCCGUGCAUGGCCUCGACAUGAGGUGCACAGCCAAAUGGCUCAAGUGCACGGCCGUGCAGCCUCCUGGUCUGCCUGUGCACUCCCCAAACAGCUCGCCCUUCGUCCGUUCUGCGUCCAAUCGACCCCAGACUCGCUCCUAAGCCUUCAUUCACGUACUAGGACCUGAAAUAACACAAACAAGCACAACCUAGCGUGAAAUCGGCCUAAAACACGAGAAUCAACACCUCAAACGGUGUAAGU